GAUGUUUGUGCCGUGAAUGAAAUGUGUCGUCAGUCCUUUGCUUGCAGCCGAUUGGUUUACGGCCUUGUCAAUUAUCCGUGGCCACGCCCUCCGGUAAUGCAGCACGGGAGAAAGAGAAUGGAACAAAAUGAAGGACUUCGCGGCAACCGAGGCUUUUCAGUAGAGAACUAGAUUAAAGACUCCUGACAGUUCCCGCACGGUGAUGCACCAUGCCCAUAGUGGACAAGCUGAAGGAGGCCCUGAAGCCGGGCCGAAAAGACUCUACCGAUGAGGGAGACCUGAAUAAGCUGCUCUCCUCCUCGGCCAAGAAAGUGCUGCUGCAGAAGAUUGAGUUCGAGCCAGCCACCAAAGGCUUCAGCUACCAGCUGGAGACGCUCAAGACCAAGUAUGUGAUCCUGAACCCCAAGACCGAUGGUGUGGUGCAGAGAGCAGCCGAUCCCACGCCAAUCAAGAGGCAAGGUUCUGAAGGCCUCAGUGGAGGUCAGGGUGAUGGCAUCCCAGCACCUCAGAAGCUGCUCUUUCCAGGGAACAAACUCUCCAUGAAGUGGGAGCGAGUGUACCGGGUGGGAGCGGGCCUCCACAACCUGGGAAACACGUGCUUCCUGAACUCCACCGUGCAGUGUCUCACAUAUACACCGCCUCUCGCCAACUACCUGCUGUCCAAAGAGCACAGCCGCUCCUGCCACCAGACAGGAUUCUGUAUGAUCUGCAUCAUGCAGAACCAUAUCAUCCAAGCCUUCGCCAACACUGGCAACGCCAUCAAGCCUGUGUCAUUUAUCCGUGACUUGAAAAAAAUUGCCCGCCACUUCCGGUUUGGCAGCCAGGAGGACGCCCAUGAGUUUUUGCGCUACACCAUCGAUGCAAUGCAGAAAGCCUGCCUUAACGGUUACCCAAAGUUGGACAGACAGACGCAGGCCACCACACUGGUUCACCAGAUCUUUGGGGGUUACCUGAGGUCAAGAGUCAAGUGUUCUAUUUGUAAAAGUGUGUCAGAUACAUACGACCCCUACCUGGACAUAGCUGUUGAGAUUCGGCAAGCAGCCAAUAUCGUUCGUGCCCUGGAGCUGUUUGUAAAGCCGGAUGUUUUGAGCGGCGAGAACGCCUACAUGUGUGCUAAGUGUAAGAAGAAAGUGCCGGCGACAAAACGAUUCACGGUUCAUCGGACGUCAAAUGUGCUCACACUUUCCCUUAAACGCUUUGCCAACUUCAGUGGAGGAAAGAUUACCAAGGUAAGCAGAAUCACAAUAAGACCUGUUUGCAUUCAAGUUGUUACAAAUAAUUUACGGUGUGUUUUUUGUUUGGGUUUUUUUUUUUUUUUGGUUUUUUUUACUGGUCAUUUCCCCCCUCAGGAUGUUGGCUACCCAGAGUUCCUGAACAUUCGUCCAUACAUGUCUCAAAACUCAGGAGACCCAGUGAUGUAUGGCCUUUAUGCAGUCUUGGUGCAUUCUGGGUACAGCUGUCAUGCUGGUCACUACUACUGUUAUGUUAAGGCCAGCAACGGGCAGUGGUACCAGAUGAACGAUUCGAUGGUACAUUCCAGUAACAUCAAGGUCGUGCUCAAUCAGCAGGCUUAUGUCCUCUUUUACCUGAGGAUUUCUGAAAAGAAGAACACGGACAGUUCAAGUGUAAAGCAGAACUUGGUGCAUUCUGGGAGGAGUAACAUGACCCCUGAACAGCUGAAGAAAAUUCCACUCAACGGUCCUUUAUCAUCUCCGCAGAUCACCAAGAAGGUGGACACCGCUCAGCUGAGGAAGAUCCAGUCUGUGGACGGGGGGCUGGGCGUGCCAGUGGCCCGCAACGGCUCAGGCAUCCAGUCGCCCAAACUGGCUAACGGUACACCAAGGGUGCCAGGUGGCCCAAUGCUCAUCGAGGAACCCAUCAAGAAGCUGAAGAAACCUUCUGCUCAGCUGCAGAGCCGCACCAACAUUCCUGCUUCCUCCAACGGCGUCGCCAAGUCUGAGCAGGACAAGGGGAGCAGCGGCGAGGGGCGGAGCCUGGCAGUGUCUACCUCACUCAAGUCCCUUGCAUCCGAGUCCUCGUCAGCGGACACCUCUUCUGAGUCCAAGGAAUCGAUCGGCACCAGGAGUGCUCCCGUGGGAAAUGUGACUACUCCUGCCAAGAGCAUCGUAAACAGAAUGUCGUCUCCGGCUAAAAGCGCUGAGCGGCUUGCUGCUGAGGAUCAGAAGGCGGCCAAGCUGAAACCUCCCGCCCUCAACAACAUUGCAUCUGAACAAACCAGCACCAUGUCGCCCCCUCCUGCCAAGAGACUGGCACUGUCUGCCAAGAAGGCCAGUCCCAGUCGCAGUCCCAUCUGGAGUCCGAACAACAACAGCAGCAGCAGCAGCCGCAGCACUGAGGCUCCGUCCUCUCCAUUGCAUCAUCAGUCCCGUGACCCUAAGCAUUCAGCUCUACUUCACCCUCUGACCCCCACCUCACCUUCCCAAAACCACAGGAUUCCAUUCCAUUCUGCCAAGCAGCCUCAGCAUGUACCUCAUCUGUUUAAAAAUGCAAGUCUGCUUAAGGGGCCCUCCUUGUCCUCAUCCUUGAUGAAACCCACACUUUCUUCUCCAAUCAGCAGGCUUCAACCCUGCCCUGCUAGCAACUGUGGACCAACCCAGAGCCAGAAAACCACCGAAUCAUGUACAGGGUUCGCCGAUGGACUCGCCAGUCCAACCUUAAAGAAGAAGAAGAAGAAAAAGAAGCGACGCCAUUCUGAAAUGGAAAACCCCACUGCUGAGCUUCCUGCCAAAACCGAGCAGGACGUGCCAGAGCUCACAGCUGAAAUGAGAAGGGUAAAAAAGCAUAAGAAAAGGAAAAGAGAGGAGGAGCCAAACAGCAUGAAGGUUCAGAGAGAAGGUGUGCAGUCGCAUCUGGAGCCAUCAGGUCAGGACGAAGACUGGUGCCUCGGAGAGACGUGGAAAAUAAACCCAGAUGGUAGUUCAGAAAAGCCAAAACAGCAACGACAACUGACUACAGAGCCAAAACCGUCUCAGGCCCAAGAACAAAUUCAGCCAAUGUUGUGCGAGACUUCACAGAACCAUCAUGACUCCAACAUUAAAAAGAAAAAGAAGAAGAAAAAGCACAAAGAGAAGCUGGACGAGAACAUCAAGCAUGAGACUUCCGAAAGAAAAACUGAGACGAUGCAUAUAGACACAGAGUUGCCGGAUUUGAGUGUGCCGAAGAAAAAAGCCAAGAAGAGGAAAAGAGAAGCGCACCAGAGUGAGGCCGAGGAUGCUCAUGGGGAUGAUGCUGGAGGCGAGCCACUUAGUCAGACCAACCAUGUGGUGCUGGAGAAGACGUGCAAACCCAGCACAGCUGCAGUGGUGGUCUGGGACAGCCAGGUUCAGGACGGUUAUAAGCGAAGCAGAGAUGCUGCUGAUUCAGAGCAGGCAUCUGGGAAAGAGUCCCGUCCUGCUACCGCAGCCUGGGAUGGCAAGAAGAGCUCUAGUGUAGUCGAGGAACUGCUUAAGAACGCCACCAAUAAAGCAUACGGAACUGAAGUCCUCAGUUGGGAUGGAGAGUGCUCUGCCAUAAGUAGAGAUGCCAUGCAGGACACAUGUGAUGCCAAACACGACACUGUAAUCGACGAAUGGGACGAAGAGUUUGACAGUGGAAAGGUAAAGAAGAUAAAGUCGUUUAAAAAAGAAAGGAGAAGAAGUUUUAACGUCUUCCAGAAGAUCCAGGAUCGGCGCAACAUGUGGUCUGUCACACCAGGAGGGAGGAGGAACAGUUGGGGCCAUCGCUACUGACAUGAUGGAUUCAAGACGGGGAUUCUAUUCACACUCCCUGGCUCGACCGCCUUAUUGGAGAAGCUGCGUGAUCUCUCUGAGAACGUUCCAGAAAUGCGAGAAGCUUGUGUGGGAAGUAAAUAAAGCGAUGAGACCAAAGCCAUCUGCAGGGGCUGAAGUCCAGUAUUUGGAUUCUGAAUAAAUGGGGCCUGGGUUUGAGCAGACCAAUGUAUCGUGGCGUCAGGUUCAGACCGCCAUAAUAAACAAUUUUAGCCACAUAUAACUCGAGUCCAUGGUGAAAUACUGUACUGUAUCUUGCUAUUUCAGGAAAGGAGGCAAAUAUAUCCUGGAAACUGAUAGUGAUGGGCAGCAGUGCUGUUAUUAUUGGGUUGUGGAAACAUUGGGCCUACACUACUGCCUAGACUAUUGACAAGAACAACAUUUUCUCAAAAAUGAAUUAAUCUGCUUUUUUUGUUGUUGUUUUCCCCCUCUUCUUAGAGAUAUUUUAUUUCACUUCAUCAAAUUUGAUAUAUAAUAUAGUCCCAAUGGCCCGAUGAGUAAUCUGCUACAUAUUAGCUAUGUAAGGCCAGCAGUCUCGCUCAUUUUUAUUUCUUUGUAUGGUUAUUAAUAUUAUAUGAGCCUCAUUGAACCCUCCUUGAAUCCUCCAUAUUGUCUGCUUAUCACAUUGAAUGUUGUUGAAGAAAACGCGGUUCCCUAUUCUUUUUGUUUUAACCUAAUCCCUCAUCUAUCUAUUACCUAAUAUCCGAAAAUUACAAGCUGAUGCACCCUUAAUGUUUUUUCCUUAGAUGGGAUGAAUAAUAUGUCCAUCUGUAACAUGUCUGAAGGCCAGGCUGCUUCAAUAUAAAACAUAUCCAUCCAUUUCAUCGUUGGAGAGGCUGCAUCAGCAGUGCUCCAUCCCUUAGAAAUCCGCAGGGAAGGUUGUAGUGUGUAUUUCAGAUUUUACAUGCCAAUGCCACUGUUCCUACUUUCUAUGCAAGUCAGACAGGUCUUAAAAAUGUUCUCUCUGUUCCUCUUCUACAGUGCAAACAUUAUCCUCUUCAUCCCUCAUUUUCACUGAUCAUUCAUAGUCCAGAGUGUAAACUUUUUUUCUGGAAAUGUACUAUAAUGCUUUAGAACAAAAGGUUUAUUUUACUCCAGAGACCUAGCCACAGACUAAUAGUGUGUAAGAUAUGAAGCUUUCUGGAAUAGAACAUUGUACAGUCCCACUUGUGCUCUGUGUGACUUCCUUAAACAUCCUUGUAGUCAAGAGUUAAUUCCCCAAGAUACUUCCAUUUUAGAAAAAAGUUGCCUUGAAAAAAAUUAAUAGAUUAUCCUAAGAGAGAUCUACUUUAUCAUUUGAAAAAUGAGCCGCAUAUUUAAAUGCGCAUGUAUUUCACAAAUAAAGCCUAAUAUAUUAAAGGGUUUUUGGACUGUAACUGUAGAAUUUUCUCAGUGGACAGACGUGCGAGUGCUGUGUGGAACUCUGCGUCUGGAGGAACAUAAGAACUGUGAGCGCUGUUGAAUGUGUUAGUGUUAGAAAUGUUACUCUGUUCUUUUCAGUAGAACCAAUGCUGAAGAAUACACUGAUCUUUAAUUCAUGAUCAUUUACACCACUGGUUCUGUACCUUUAUGAUGCCCUUUCAAGACUAAGAAGAAAUGUUCAAUAUUGAGACUAUAUGAAUAUAAAUAUACAGGUGCAAUAAAGUUGUGUUUUUUUUUUUGGUGAAAUUUUCAGGUUGUUCAUAAAAAUGCAUUCGUGCAGAAUAUGACUUGUGGACAAAUAGCAAAAUAAUGUUUUUCAUCGAGCUGUUCCAGUUAUGUUAACUGAUGUAUUAAGGUUUUAGUUACUUUUCCAUGUUUGGGCUUGUAUAAGGCAGUUCAUGUAAAUGAAAAACAUUGAUAAUAUUUGUAAUGUAACUGUCCAAAUUCGGUUUAUGCAAAAAUAAAUUACAUGUUACUGGUUAAAUUCGA